AUGAGCCCGGGCACCCCUCUCCUUGAGGCAGAGACCCCAGUGGGACGGCAGCAGCCCUCUUGCCGUCUCCAGGCCCCUGGGUGGUGGCUCCGGAGCCAGCACAAGCCCUGCCGGCCCACCACGAGGAGACCGCAGAAGGGGCGCCUCCAAUACGUGAUCGAGUCGGGGUCCAGCUCCUCCAGCUUCUUGGGGGGCCCGAGGUGGAUCUUAAAGAGCCUGGGGGCGAAUGCAGAGGAUGCCGGCACCCGCCCGAGCAGGGCCAAGUGGGCCGAGGAUGCAGAGGACGAACCCUCGGAGCUCCAGGGCCUGCUGGCCCAGCUCAAGACCCUCGACCCCAACCUCUGCGACCACUCGCCUGCCUCGGAGCAGGGCCUGCUGCCCUUCUCCAGCGCUGGCACAGCCCCUCUGGCGGGCGAGCAGGCCCGGCGGAGCUCCGGGGAGUGCCAGGGCAAGUGCCGGCCCUGCCCAUUGCACGUGGCCAUGGGCCGGGGCCUGGAGACACGGCCCUGCUGCGCCCAGCACUCGGCCUGCUCCCGGCCCUGCCACGGCCUGCUCUUUGCCGAGGCCGACCGGGAGGACUUGCUGAGCCUCCUGUGCUACGAGGGGGGGCUGCCCGAGGCCAGCGCCGAGACGCCUUUGGCCCGCUCCGACAUCCUGGCCGGGACCAACCUGGAGAUGCUGCAGGCUCGGGAGGAACUGGCCACUGUGGAGAAGCCUGAAGGGCUGGGGAGGCCGGAGAGCUCGGAGGAAGGACCUUCUGGUGGCUGGUAUUAUGGAGAGGGGCUCUGCGAGGUCGACUCCGCCUGUGAGGGCAAUCGGGACGGUUCCCCGGAGCCAGCCUGGGUGGCCCUGCCUCCUGCUCUGGCCCCAGAGGCAGAGCAGCCACCCCGAGGCGGUGUGACCAACAGGGAACCUCCAUCCUCCUGCCCAGCCUUCAAAGAGGUUCCAGGCCCUUGCGACCCGGAGGAUCUGCUGGACGGUGUGAUUUUUGGGGCAAAGUACCUGGGCUCCACGCAGCUGGUCUCAGAGAGGAACCCCCCGACCAGCGUCCGCAUGGCACAGGCCCAGGAGGCAGUGGACAGGAUCAAGGCACCGGAGGGGGAGUCCCAGCCCAUGACAGAGGUGGAUCUGUUUGUCUCUACACAGAGGAUCAAGGUGCUCACGGCUGACACGCAGGAGGCCAUGAUGGAUCACUCCCUCCAGACCAUCUCCUACAUCGCGGACAUCGGCUCCCUCGUGGUGCUCAUGGCGCGCCGGAAACUGCCUCGGCCGUCGGAGGUGGCGGAGGAGAAGCGGCUCUACAAGAUGAUCUGCCACGUCUUCCACUCGGCCGACGCCCAGAUCAUUGCUCAGGCUAUCGGGCAGGCGUUCGGCGUGGCCUACCAGCGCUUCCUGGAGGCCAACAGCAUCGACCCGAGCGAGCUGAGCCCUCGCCAGUACAGCCGUGCCCUUGAGGACCAGGAGCAAUACAAUGCGGAGCUGACCCACUUCUCCCGGCAGGAGAACUGCAAGGACGUCUGCAUCCGGAAGCAGAAGGGGGAGAUCCUGGGCAUCGCCAUCGUGGAGUCGGGCUGGGGCUCCAUCCUGCCCACAGUGGUCAUCGCCAACCUGAUGCACGGGGGCCCCGCGGAGAGGUCGGGCGAGCUGAGCAUCGGGGACCGCCUCAUGUCCGUCAACGGGACGAGCCUGGUGGGGCUGCCCCUCACCACCUGCCAGAGCAUCAUCCGGGAGCUGAAGCACCAGACAGAGGUGACGCUGAACAUCGUGCACUGUCCCCCUGUCACCACGGCUGUCAUCCGGCGCCCUGACUCCAAGUACCAGCUGGGCUUCUGUGUUGAGAACGGCGUGAUCUGCAGCCUGAUGCGUGGGGGCAUCGCAGAGAGAGGUGGCAUCCGCGUGGGGCACCGCAUCAUCGAGAUCAACGGGCAGAGCGUGGUGGCAACGCCCCACGAGAAGAUCAUCCAGAUUCUCACACAGGCAGUCAGCGAGGUCCACAUCAAGACCAUGCCGGCCUCCACGUACCGCUUACUGACCGGGCAGGAGCAGCCCGUCUUCCUCUGAGCCGCUGGCCGUGCCCGGCUGUCGCUGCACACGCCUGGGCCCAGGCAGGAGUGAGCCCGGGGCAGCGAGGGCAGGAUAGGCUCUGCCUCCUGCCCCAGCGCCCUCAUGGGAGCCCUCUGGUCCCCAGCAGGGCCUAAUCCGGUUUUACUCAGGACACAGUGGGAGACUCUAGGGGCCUGAUACCCAGCUUGAGCAGCCUCAGGGACUAUGGUGCCAUGGUUUGGGCACCUCCUCCCUCUCCAUUCACCCCUCCCUGCCUCACAGUGCCUGCACAGUGCCUGUCCUGCUGCUUCACAGGGUCCCUCACCUUGGCCUGGUGCUGGCAGGAGGAGAGGGGACCCCGCGUGAAAGGUCACCCCAUCCAAUCACCACAGAUAGUGCUUUUACACUCACCAAUGGUGCCUUUCCCCAUGUGGGGAUGGUGCUGGAAGCACAGCUCUGAGGCUUGCCGCUAGCACAGCCCCAGAGCAGUGCUGACCCUGCACUCCAGCGUGUGGGUACAUGCUGGCACCCCUGAGGGAGAGCCAGCAGCUCCCAGACUCAGCCUUAAGGGCAGCAGCACCCUUGGCACCCGCUCCUCCUCCCUGGCUUUGCCAGGGGCCUGUUGGGGGUGCAAAUGAACUCCCUGUUAGACCUGUUGCACCGAGCUGGGAAACUACCUCUGCUUUUCCCUGGUGCUGCCUUUAACCACUCUGCACACACAGCCCGGCCCCAGCCCACCAGGGUACUGGGUCACAGCCCUUGGGGCUGUCCCUCGGCGCAGCGAAAGGGAACACGGCACUGCCCAGUCCCACAUACCGGGGAGCUUGGGGUCACGAGCCCCAAGGACCAGCCCCUGGUGAUUUGUCUUUUCAUGAGUGGGUCUCUGGGCCCCUACGGCCGAUGCAGCGCUGACUGGAUUUUGCCUGUGUGUUUGGCUGAUGUAAAAACAAAAGUUUUGGG